UGCUUUGACAGCGAGAACGUCAGUACUCAGCGGGAGGCGCGGACAGUGAGGCUGUGGAUGUAUGUGCAUUGUAUAGAAUUGGAUUUGUAUAGUUUCCCGAACCAACACAGAACGAAGCUUGAAAGAUGCAGAUACUGUCGCUGCUUGUAUUGUUAGCAGUGUCCAUUGAUGGCACAAAUUCUGCACGUAUCCUGGGUUUGUUCCCUUACCCUGGCAAAAGUCAUUUUAUCAUGUUUGAAGCAUUAAUGAAAGGACUUGCAUUUAGAGGACAUGAAGUUAUUGUGUACAGUCAUUUCCCACAGAAAACACCCAUACCAAACUACAUAGACAUCAGUCUGGUUGGGUCUGUUCCAACAGUAGUUGAUGCAAUUAAAUUAGAAGAUUCAUUUGGCUCAGGUUUUUCAACAGUUUUCAAGCUGAAAGAAAUGGCAAUAACAAACUGUGAAAACGUUUUAGCAUUUCCACCAGUACAAAAGCUUAUAAACUCAAAGGAGAAUUUUGAUUUAAUUUUCACAGAAGCAUUUAAUACAGAUUGCAUGUUACCAUUCGUUUACAAAUUUCAGGCACCGCACAUUGCUCUCUGCUCACAUAUACCUAUGCCUUGGCUUGGUGACCGUUUUGGAAAUCCAGAUAACCCUUCUUACAUACCAAACCAUUUUCUGCCCCACAGUGAUCAGAUGGACCUCCCUGAGCGUUUCAAGAAUACAGUGUACUCUGAACUGCAGAAGUGGUACUAUUACAGAUACAUGGAACAACCUACACAUGCAAUAGCUACUAAAUACUUUGGGAAAUCACUUCCACCUUUGCAUGAAAUUGCAAAAAAUACUAGCCUCCUUAUUAUCAACACAAGUCCUGUCCUUAACCUUCCUAGGCCUCAGGUACCAGCUGUCAUUGAAGUUGGAGGGAUACAUAUCCGACCGGCCAAGAAAUUGCCAAAGGACAUAGAACAAUUCAUUAUUGAAGCAAAGCAUGGUGUCAUCUAUUUUACAUAUGGAUCAACUGUUCGUUCUGAGACAUUCCCUGAAAGCAAAAGAAAAGCUAUUUUGGAUGCUUUUGCAGAACUGCCACAACAUGUUAUAUGGAAAUGGGAAGCAGAGGAUUUGCCAGGAAAGCCCCCCAAUGUAAUGAUCCGCAGUUGGCUGCCGCAAUUUGACAUUCUCAGUCAUCCAAAUGUAAGAGUAUUUAUGACACAUGGAGGCUUGAUGGGUACUAUGGAAGCUAUAUACAAUGGUGUUCCCAUGCUAGCAAUGCCUCUAUUUGGAGAUCAGCCAAAUAAUGUUGCAGCCUGUGUGAAACGAGGAGUGAGUGUGGUAGUGCCCUACCAAAACAUUACAAAGGAAUCACUGCUGACAGCCCUGAAAACUCUGUUGAAUGACCAUGGAUAUAAAGAGCGGGCAAUGAAACUGUCUCGGGCAUUUAAAGAUACACCAAUGACACCUCUGGAUACUGCAGUGUUCUGGUCAGAAUAUGUCAUACGGCACAACGGUGCACCCUACCUGCGUUCAGCUGCAGUUGAUCUACCCCGUUACCAGUACCUAUUGCUUGAUGUAACAGCACUUUUGCUACUUGGUACUGUUCUGUCUCUUGUUAUACUUGUAUUCUGUACACGCAUUGUUAGGCACAGUUUUCAAAAACCACAGACAGAAAGCAAAACAAAAGGUAAAAAGAAGAAAGAUCAGUAGACUACAGUUUUGGUGGUGAUCAUUGAUGUAAUGACACUUACACGCACACACUACAGUUUAUCAGUUUUAUUUUGACCAUGUUUACCAACCACUUUUCAGAAUUACUAUCAGAGACAUCUCCGCAGAGUGACAAAUUGGCCCCUAACCAUGUCAUUUUAUUUUAGCUGAUGCUAUGACCAAGCCUUCAACCACAAAAUGGUCAGCAGUCUUAAAUAACCUUGGCAUCUAGUCCUGUGAAACGUUUAGUUUCCCAGCAUACCUGAAUUAUAAGAUGCCCUGUAGGUGGCCAUAUGCAGUGUAUUUUGGAGACUGUUUGGCUCCCUUGAAGAAUUUUCCUAAAAAAAAAAAAAAAAAAAAAAAAAAAAAAAAAAAGGGGGGGGGGGGCGGUUUGAAGCACAGCCUAUAUGCUGAUUAAUCAAUUUUGUGGGCUUCACUACAACUCUGCACUUCAUUGGAAAAAGCACUAUAUUUUAUUAAGAGAUCCAUUUUAGAAAAAAGAAAAAAUGCCAUUGGUGUAACUCCUGAAAAUUUGUACUGUCAGAUGCUGAGAACAUGAAUGAUUGUGAAACCAUCUACCAAUUCACCAAAACAUGAUGAUAAUCCUUUCUAAACUACAUUCAUAAAUCUUGCAUAACUAUAUCUCAUGAUAAAAGUAUGAGACUACAUCAGUCAUGAUAAGAAUGUAGCCAGAAGGAUAUAUUGUGUGUCUUGCCUGGAUAACUCGUGAGUAAAAACGUUGCAUGCAGAAGAAAUGGUUUUGGGUUACAGACCUGGUCUGGCACACAGUUUUAAUCAGCAAGAAAGUUUCAGAACAGUGCACACUCCACUGUAGAGUGAAAGAUUGAGUCUGGACAAAGCCAGAAAUGUAUAGUAAAGUAGCACCAAAAUGAUGGUAUGGCAUUGAUAAAUUCACAAGAUGAUGAACUAAAUGAAUUAGUUAACUUUCUAUUAUAAUACUUUUUUAUUACCAGUGGAGAGUCAACUGCAAUAUACAGUAGUUUGAAAUUACAUAUUUGCUCAUAUUCACAAUAAAUUAGGACAUCAUUUGCACUGAACGGCUCUAUGUACCUUGAACACUGAAACCAGUCAAUAAACAUUCAAGGAUAAUAUUAUCAUCAACAUAUGUUUACAAUUUCUUCAAAUUACACUGAGUUUUCUGAAAAUAUGAAGUACAGAUAUCUUCAGCUGCCUUAUCCUCCUCAGUGCUGAGCUUACAUUUUGUGAAUGAAAAGUUUAUAUUGAUGAUCAGUGCAUACUCAGAGGACCCAAUAUUAAACACUUACGGAGGAUGAGAACAAUGCCACAGGAGUGUGAAGGUAGAGGUCAUUGUCAAAUGUAGUCCCAAUGCUACAAUGAAAAAAUAUAUCACUGUAUUGUGCUGCAAUAAACAGUCACUUAUUCAACAGUGUAGUUGAAGAGUAAAGGAGACCAAUCUCCAAAUAGAAGUGUUGAGUCAUCGACAGGCACAAACAAAAGAGAGAGAAACCGUGUUAGCUUUUGGAAGCAUGGAGGGAGGGAGACGCAGUAGACAAGAAGAGGGGUUGGCAGCAGGCAGGAAAAGGAGUUGGGGGUUGGUAGGUAGUGGCUUGGAGAGAGGCAGCUGGUUUUGUGGCAAGGAAUGUAGGAGGGAGAGGUGGCAGAUCCAAGGACUAGGCAUGUGAUGCACAGUUGCCAGGGCUGGUGGGGAGCAUUCAUGUUGGUGAUAUGGAGACAUGAAUUGGGAGAAGGUGGUUGGAGGAAUGAAUGGGAAGCUGUUGGAUGGAGAAUGUGGAUACAGUAGGGUAACAGUGAUUGAGGCCAGAAGGGUUACUGGACUGCAGGAUGUGUCCCAAGGAUAACUACCAUAUGCAUACUUCAGAAAAGCUGGUGAUUAAGGGAAGGAUCCAAUUGGCCACCACCUGGUUUUCUGAAUCACAUGGCUGGGAGUUAUCCUUGCAACACAUUGUUUGCUCCAGUAAACCUCCUGGCCUGUUUCUCCAUUAACCCAUAGUCCCCAUGCAUUUCACUCUCCAUUUUCCCCUUCAUUUCUCCAAUCAGAACCUCCCAAUUCAAGUCUCCAUGUCACCUCCAUGAUGUGCCGCUCACCAGCAGCUACAGCACAUGGCCAGCCUGUGCACUUGCCACCUUUCCCUCCAACAUUCCUUGGCUGGCUGUGUGCGCGUGCGCGUGCGCUCACCAGAAAGGAUCUGUUCAGAGUUAAGAGAUCCAUCAGGUUUUCUUUCUCUUUUGUGUGCACCUGCCAGAAAAUCAAUGCUUUUGUUAUUCUGUGAUCAGUCUCCUUUACUCCUAAAUUAUUUACGUUCUUUUGCCAGAACUUCCCUCCUGCAUUUAUUCAAUGGUAUCGGUUUUAUUACUAUAUUAGAGCACAUGCAGAACACAUUCGGGCCCAAAAUUACUAAACGUGAACAAUAAUUACCUUUAUUUCUCAAAGACAUUCUGACACUGCAGUAAGCAGCUUUUUUUCUGCUGAUGCUGCCACCUAAUGGAAACAUUUAUAAACAAAAAUCAGUGAUCCACUGAAAGCAUGUGGUGUAACCAUUAUGCAACAAUCAUGCACAGUGAAUUUAGUCUAUUCCCAGAGAUAUAAAAAGAAAAUUUAUAUGUAGCACAUAUCAUAAGGAUGGAGGAGGCUGAAAUGCAAUGAUGAUUCACUAGAAGACAACACACAUGAAGAUAGAAAACCAACACUUAUGCAGUAUUAAAAAAAUUUAACAUGACUUUUAUAGUCAGCAGGAGGAGAAGGAAGGAAAAAGAAAAACAGAAUGGCAUCAUUAACUGCUACAUUGCAAAAUGUCAGUAAAUAUGCUGAAUUAAGAGCCCAAAAUCAUACAAAAUAUUACUUGAAAGAGGUGUUACUAUUAAGAGUGUCUGUGAUAAUUUGAUAUUUUUAGUCAAAUGAGCCUAAAGGAAAAAGUUUUCAUCUGUUGUACUGAUGUGAAAUAGUUAGGAUGUAUUGCGGGUUAAGCAAUACAAUAAAAGCCCAUGCACUUCAGCACUUGUAUGAGUUACCUUGCAGAGAACUAUAGAAAUAAUGCAUGCACUGCCAGAUGUAUAAUUUUCUUCUUAUACACACUGUAUAUGAGGAAAAUAAAAAAAUACAUUAACCAUAUAUAAUUUUAUUAAUUUUCUAAAUUGUUUCAAAACAACACUAUUUUCUUUUUUGAAAUCCAAAGAGAUGAAGACUUAGGAGAUUACUACAGACUUUUGCAUUAAUGUAAUGCUGCUGUGAUAUAUGCAAACAUAUUGUACAAAAUAACAAUGUGCUUCAUGUAUUUUUCAUGUUCCUACUUCACUGAAAUGAUAUUUUUAAAUUGUGGUGUAACUUUGCUUACAGUGUUUCAAGUAAAAAAAUACAUUUUUCAGAUUCUUGUUUUUCAGUA